AUGCCAAAAGUACGUCUUUGCAACUGGGAGCAGUUCAAAAACUACUUCGGCGAAGAGGAAGGAAAAGACGCGAUAGAAAUCCUGGUAGCUGGGAAACAGCUGGAAGAGGAUGUCAAGCAGGAACUUUCUCGGCGGUUUGCGGCGAAAGAGGGGACUUACAACCCUGCACUCAGUUUCCCAAUUGAUACACUGAAGGGCUCUUGGAUUCAGCGUGUCCGCAUCCGAUCCCGAAACAUCCUAUCCGUCUUGGCAACAGUCUCCUCCAGAAUGGGCCUGUAUCUCCUUACAGUGGACAUGCCUACUACUUUCUCCCGGCCAUUCAAGAGUUUGAUCUUCAUACAUGAUAAAGUGAAAGAAGAAGUCGAGAAACUUAGAUUGCAGUUUGAUUCUGAUAGCCAUGAGGGCGCCUCUCUCCAGAACACCAAUGACGGCGCCGAUGGUGCUUCCAUGGGACCAAAUCAAACUUCCCAGACAUCGAAUGAGAAUACCAUGCUAUCUCAGAAGCCAAAGUUCUCAAAGAGUGCCCUUUUGGAGCUGGAAUGUUACGUCAAAUUCAUGGACGAAAAAAUCAUGCCACUCUAUAACAACUUGAGGAGCGAGACAAUCGACCAAGGCCAUUCGAGGAAGAUUCGAUAUGUGGAUCUCUGGUUUCUGUUCAAGCCGGGAGAGUUGAUCUACGUACCGCCACAGUCCCAACUCGGAAAGUCACACUCAGCUUCAACCGAGCAGAGAGUCUGGCGGAUGUGGGAGAUGCUGACCACACGAAGCGAGUGGAGGGUCGACGAUAUCGAGCGACAGCACUACACUAGUCUCGGUCGCAAGCGGGAGGAAAAGCCGCCUGAGAAUGAUGAGGAUGGGGAAAUGGCGUCAGGUGCCGAACUAAAAUGCUACUAUCUGGACUACAGUGGAACGACAUUCUGUCCCGUCCAUCAAAGUUUCACCAUAGAUUACUAUGAAGAUGAGGUCGAGAUCACUUCCCUCAAGGCUUACCCGCUGAGGUUCCACCCCAAAAAGGAUACAAUCAUCCAAGAACUCAAACAACAGCGCGCGCAAUUCUUGACAUACGUCAAGGGACGGCAUCAACUUGCCUAUGAUGGGUGGUCACUUGUCAAGAACGUUCUGGGCGAUCCUAUUGGAGAGGAUGCGAAACAUCAAGAGUACAUUGACAGUGAGGUUAUCAUCGACUUCGAGGAAACAUUUCAGACGUAUCCUUGGUGGAAACCCAAUUUCUUCUGGUCGGUGCCACUCCCUACAGCCAGCGCAACAUGGGCCACGGAUUCGUUCACCAUUAUCCGCUGGAAGGACAAAAAGCGGUCCGAAAUGGUUUCGGAGAUGCAAGAGCUCUACGCUGACUUGACUGGUGUGGUCAAUGGCCUCGAGAGCAACCAGUGGCUAGUCAAAGAUAGGUUCUUGACUUUGUCGACUUACAUAGCCACCAACGAACCGCCACGUCAUGAGAACCUCUCAGAUGACGAGCUGUUGCUGCUACCCACGCGGCUUUUUGCCUACGCUCUCCGACAGCGGAAGUUCUUCCAAAUCGACAUUCGAUAUCUCAAGGAAAUCGAACAGAUCCAGAACCCGUUCCAGAGUCUACAAAUCGACCCCAACCACAAAGACACUAUUGAGAGUCUACUGCACUCGCAUUUCACCAAAAAAGAUCUCGAUAAAGGGCCCGGCCCGGCGAUUCCUGAUCAAGAUCUUAUUCGUGGCAAGGGAAGGGGUGUUGUAAUUCUGCUGCACGGGGCGCCAGGGGUGGGCAAGACGGCAACGGCCGAGGCAGUCGCUCAACAACAUAAAAAGCCAUUAUUUGCAAUAACUUGCGGUGACCUUGGAUAUGAACCUUCCGAAGUAGAAUCCUCCCUUACUGAGAUAUUUCGCCUCGCCCAAGUAUGGGAUUGUAUCCUUCUACUUGAUGAAGCGGAUGUAUUUCUCACUCAAAGAUCUCCUAAUGACCUACAAAGGAACGCCAUGGUUUCCACCAUCCUCCGCAUCCUUGAGUAUUACAAAGGCGUCCUAUUCCUCACUACCAACCGCCCAGGCGUCCUGGACGAAUCCCUGAAAUCCCGCGUCCACGUCAGCCUGCACUACCCAGCGCUCGACCUCCCUAAAACACAAGAGAUCUUCAAGACUAACCUCGAUCGCCUGGAACUCAUCGAAGACCGCCGCAGUCAGAACUCCGCUGACAGCAGCAAGCUCCUCAUAUUCCGCGAGGAAAUCUACGCCUACGCCACGACGCACUUCCAACGGUACGGCACAGGUCUAGGCAGCUGGAACGGCCGGCAGAUUCGAAAUGCUUUCUCUAUUGCCGCGGCAUUGGCCCACUAUGAUCGGACGAAGGUGCCUGGGGCGCAGUCGCAGUUGAGGGCGAGUCAUUUUGAAAAGGUGGCCGAGGCAACGUUCAAGUACGAUGAGUAUAGGAAACGGACCAUAAGAAAGGGGGAUGCGGAUUUGGCGAGGGAGAGGGAUGAGAGGGAUGAUACGUACGGAUUCUCCGGUGGUGGGAAUGGGGGACGGAAUGUGAUCGAUCCAGGUUUGGUGUAUAGGAGGUCGUAUAACACGGGAUCAGGGCCGAUGGGUGGUGGGAGCCAGGGCACGGCGUACUAUGGACAGGAGACGAUUCAGGGUACGAGAUAUGCGCAGGCACCUUAUGGGGCGGGAAUGAGUGACUCUGGUUCGUCAGGGUAUCCGCCUCAGCCACCGAGGCGAGGGGGGCCUCCUGGAGGAUCCGAGCAGAGGCAGGAUGAUCAGGGAGCCGGAGUUCAAGGGAUUUUCUCUGGGGCCCAGUAUCCUUAA